AUGCGCACCACAUUGAGAGCUCCCCCUUCGCAGGCUUUCCUUGCCAGGCAAACAAAUCAAAAAGCCGCUUAGACAGAAACAGCUCUUCUUCUUCUUCAUCAAAGCCACCAGAACCAGUCCAAUCUAGGGUUCUUGGUUGCCUGCAUCAAUCAUCAAAAAAUUCUCUAGGUUUCGAUUCUUCGCUUCACAUUUCUGUUUAUUUACCUUUUAUGCCAUCGUGCCCCCUGUAAAUCUCUACACAGUAAUUAGCUUAAUCACACACUCUUCAUCUCUUUUUCUAUCCUUCGUGAAAUCAAGCUUUCAGCCCCUGUAACUGAAUUCCUUGACGCUUUUGCCGGUCUAUUUCAAUCAGGGUUUUCUCGAGGUUCUAUGGCAAAAACUCAAGCUGGAACUGUGAAUCCCGGAGGCCGGACCGGGGUUCGUAUUGUGGUUGCGGGAGACCCUGGCACCGGAAAAUCCAGCUUGAUUGUCACCGCCGCUGCCGAAACUUUCCCUACAAAUGUGCCGCCGGUGCUUCCUCCGACGAGGCUUCCCGAAGAUUUUUACCCCGACCGCGUUCCUAUCACUCUUAUAGAUUCUUCUUCAAGAGAGGAGGAUAAGGGUAGAGUAAGUGAGGAACUGAAGCGGGCUGAUGUGGUUGUUCUUACUUACGCAUGUGAUGAUCAUAGGACUCUUGAUAGAUUGAGUACUUACUGGCUUCCAGAACUUCGGCGCCUUGAGGUGAAGGUUCCGGUCAUAGUGGUGGGUUGUAAGCUGGAUUUAAGAGAGGAGAACCUGCAAGUGAGCCUGGAACAAGUGAUGGCACCAAUAAUGCAACAAUUCCGGGAGAUUGAAACUUGUAUUGAAUGUUCUGCAUUGAAUCAUAUUCAAAUCCCGGAGGUUUUCUAUUAUGCGCAAAAAGCAGUGCUCCAUCCAACUGGUCCCCUUUUUGAUCAGGAAACACAAACUUUGAAGCCCCGGUGUGUAAGGGCCUUGAAGCGUAUAUUUAUUCUUUGUGACCACGACCGCGAUGGUGCCCUUAGUGAUGCAGAGUUGAAUGAUUUUCAGGUCAAAUGUUUCAACGCUCCUUUGCAACCUUCUGAAAUUGUGGGUGUUAAGAGAGUUGUACAAGAAAAAUUGAAAGAAGGUGUCAAUGAACGUGGACUUACACUGACAGGAUUUCUCUUUCUCCAUGCCCUAUUCAUAGAGAAGGGACGUUUGGAGACAACAUGGACUGUCCUUAGGAAAUUUGGAUAUAACAAUGAUAUCAAACUUAUUGAUGAACUCAUUCCAUCUUCGUUCAAAAGAACUGCAGACCAGAGCGUGGAGCUGACAAAUGAAGCCAUUGACUUUUUGAAGGGAAUCUACGAAUUGUUUGACAGCGAUUUUGAUAAUAACUUGCGUCUUUAUGAACUGGAAGAUAUUUUCUCUACAGCACCAGAAUGUCCUUGGAAUGAAGCUCCAUACAAGUAUGCUGCAGAGAAAACUGCGCUAGGGGGAUUAUCGCUUGAUGCAUUUCUGUCAGAGUGGGCCCUUAUGACACUCUUAGAGCCAGCUCGAACCAUGGAGAAUCUAAUAUAUAUUGGAUAUACUCUUGAUCUUUCUUCUGCUGUCCGAGUGACUAGGCGAAGACGUCUAGAUCGCAAGAAGCAACAAUCAGAUAGGAAUGUUUUUCAAUGCUUCGUUUUUGGACCUAAGAAUGCUGGAAAGUCUGCAUUGUUGAAUUCUUUUCUGGGAAGCUCAUUCUCUGAUAGUUACACUUCCACAACUGAAGAACGAUUUGCAGUGAAUGUUGUCGAUCAACCUGGGGGAAUUAAGAAAACUCUUGUGUUGCGAGAAGUUCCUGAAGAUGGAGUUAAAAGAUUUUUGUCUAGGAAAGAGUCUUUGGCAGCAUGUGACAUGGCUCUAUUUGUAUAUGACAGUUCUGAUGAGUUGUCAUGGAAGAGAACAACUGAAUUACUCAGGGAAGUUGCGAGUCAUGGUGAGGAUACUGGCUAUGAAGUGCCUUGCCUCGUUGUUGCAGCUAAAGAUGAUCUGGUUUCAUUUCCAAUGGCUAUACAAGAUUCUAUGAGGAUUACUCAGGAUAUGGGAAUUGGAGCUCCAAUACCCAUCAGUUCCAAGUUGGGUGAUUUCAAUAAUGUAUUCCGUAGGAUUGUUAGUGCCGCAGAGCAGCCACAUUUGAGCAUUCCCGAAACAGAAGCAGGGAGAAGUCGCAAGCAAUAUCAUCGGCUCAUAAACCGCUCUCUCAUGUGUGUCUCAGUUGGAGCUGCAGUGGCAAUUGUUGGACUGGCAGCUUACCGUGUUUAUGCUGCAAGGAAGAAUUCUUCAAGCUGAAGGACCAAACUGUCUGACGGUAAAUAUGGCUGCAAAGUCGAAACCAGUCAUCUGCUUCAAUGUGGUUGAUUGAUUGCGCCAAGAAGUUUUCUUAUUCAGAUGCCUGCUUUGUUGGGUUUCUUUGCAAGGCAUUUAGUCAUUGACCAUCAACUCUUCUUUUAUUCUAGCUAGUUUGUCGGUCUGGUUGGAAAAGGGUUUUACUGUUGGAACGUUAUAGAUGUACCAUGUUGUGCAAUAAAAAAAAAGAAGAAGAAAAUUUUGCCA